UUUUAGGAAAGUCCACAGAGGAAAAAAAGGAAAUCAGAACCUAUAGAAACGAGUAACCAGAUUGACUUGUUGGCUCUUGGUACAGCAGUUGGUAGUAUUUUAUUAUACAGUACAGUAAAAGGAGAAUUACACAGUAAAUUGGUAAGCGGUGGACAUGACAACAAAGUCAAUUGCAUACAGUGGCAUCAAGACAAUGGCUGUUUGUAUAGUUGUUCAGAUGAUAAACAUAUUGUGGAGUGGAAUACACAGACCUGCAAAGUAAAGUGCAAAUGGAAAGGUGACAAUAGCAGCGUUAGUGCCCUGUGUAUCAGCCCAGAUGGAAAGAUGUUGCUUUCAGCUGGUCGAACAAUCAAACUAUGGGUUUUGGAGACCAAAGAAGUCUACAGACACUUCACGGGACAUGCAGCGCCAGUUUCAUCACUUAAGUUCACUACUAUCAGACCACCUAACGAGAGCCAACCCUUUGAUGGAAUUACAGGUCUUUAUUUUUUAUCUGGAGCAGUACAUGACCGGUUACUUAAUGUCUGGCAGGUCCGGUCAGAAAGCAAACAAAAGAAUGCAGUGAUGUCUUUCACAGUUACAGAUGAACCUGUCUAUAUUGACUUGACUUUGUCAGAAAACAAAGAAGAGCCUGUCAAGUUAGCUGUUGUUUGCAGAGACGGUCAAGUUCAUUUGUUUGAACACAUAUUAAAUGGAUACUGUAAAAAGCCCUUUACUUCAAACUGCACAAUCCAGAUAGCGACACCUGGGAAAGGCAAGAAAUCAACACCAAAACCCAUUCCUGUUCUAGCAGCUGGUUUUUGCCCAGACAAAAAUUCUUUGUUGCUUGUAUAUGGCAAUUGGUUUCAGCCCACCAUUGAGCGAGUGGCUUUAAAUUCCAAAGAACCUCACAUGUGUUUAGUAAGAGAUAUUUCAAACUGCUGGGCUCCAAAAGUAGAAACAGCUAUAACAAAGGUGAGAACACCAGUGAUGAAUUCUGAAGCGAAAGUGCUGGUGCCUGGGCUGCCUGGUCAUCGUGCAGCCAUCAAGCCCGCUCCUCCACAAACUGAAGAAGUAGAGAGCAAGAGAAAAUUAGGGGAAAAGGAGGCUAGCAUUGAGGAGCGCCUGGGAGCGCUGAACAUAGACUCAAGGAAAGAAAAGGAGGACCUGCAGACAAACAGCUUUCCAGUGCUUCUGGCCCAGGGUCUAGAAAGCAAUGAUUUGGAAAUGCUAAAUAAAGUACUUCAAACUAGGAAUUUAAACCUAAUAAAGAGGACUGUGUUAAGGAUGCCCCUGCAUGCUGUUAUUCCAUUGUUGCAAGAGCUUACAAAGAGAUUGCAAGGACAUCCUAAUAGUGCUGUUUUAAUGGUUCAGUGGCUAAAAUGUGUGUUAACAGUCCACGCAUCAUACUUGUCCACAUUGCCUGACCUGGUACCCCAGCUGGGGACACUAUACCAGUUAAUGGAAAGCAGAGUAAAAACUUUUCAGAAACUCUCCCACCUUCAUGGAAAGCUUAUCCUUCUAAUCACACAAGUUACAGCUUCAGAGAAAACAAAGGGAAUGACUUGUCCUGAACAGAAGGCAAAACUGGUAUAUGAAGAAGAGUCUUCUGAAGAGGAGUCUGACGAUGAGCUGGAUAAAGAUUCCGAUGACAACUGGGAUGAGGAGGAGGAGAGCGAGAAGGAGCAGGGCGUCGACGACGAGAGCGCGGAGGACUCGGAGGACAGAGACGAGGGGACCGGCGAGGACAGAGACGAGGGGACCGGCGAGGACAGAGAUGCGGCCAGUGAGAAGGAAUUAAAUGGAGAUUCCGACUUAGAUCCGGAAAGUGAAAGCGAGGAGGAGUGAGGACAAGUAGCUGUGGGGCUGUAGAAGCUCCGCUCGCCUGCGCAGUGCUGCCGAGCUCCGGUGGUUGUCUGACGGGAUGCCAAGGACCAUUGCACAUUUCCCAGCUCCUCGCGGUGGUGCCUGUGCCACCUUGCUGUCCUGAGCAGGACCGAACUGUGUAAAUAAGAGUGUUUCAUGCAGAUGUUAAUAAACUUUACACAGUAAAUAGACACAUUUUCUGCAAUGUACUGACAUCAGUGUCCAAUAUACAGUAUAUUUUUAUAAUAUAAUAAUGUCCCUGUAUGACUUGGUUGUACUAAGAAUUGGCAUCAGUGAGGACAGACACUUCCCAGAUAGGGGUUCAAGAACUGGACUUUUUUGAAGGAGUCAGCUCUUAUCUCAGGUUGGUAUCUUUCAUCAAAUCCACACGAAGCAGCACGAGUGAAAAACUUUUAAUUUGGUACAUUUUCAUAAACUAUGGAGGGGUAACAGAACGGGUAAAAAUGAUCGUGAUUAAAAAAUGAAAUCUCCAGUGUCCCUUACUUGUCUGUUAACUGUGGAAAUCUGAUGUGAGUCAGGUUGGACAUUUGGAGGGCUUCCCUAAAACAACCACUUAUUUUUUAAGCUGUCAUGUGAAAUUUUUUUUAAAAACACAAAUUAUGGUAAUUAAAAAAUUCAAGAGUUAGCCAUAUUAAGGAUUUUUCUUGACUGCGAGUUGCCUGUGAAGAAUCAUUAGUAUAUAGAUUUAGAAGUGCUCAUACCUGCAACUUUCAAAAAAUUCAGUUAUAGCUGCUUUUGAAGAGGCUUUCAUUUUUAUUUAAAUUACUAAUGGGUCAAAGAACAAUUGUUUAUUUUUUCUCUUUGGUUUUAGAUAUUAAUGAUAACCUUGUUGGAGUUUUUUCCCAAAGAAAAUAUUUUUAUAAUUCAGUAAUUUAAUGUUUUCCUUCCUUUUCAUUACCCACUCUUGGCAGUGUUAGGGUAUCUGUUUACCUUUAAAAUAAUAAAUCUGACUCGAGAUUUUUUAUGUAUGUAUAAAUAAGUAUUUUGGUGUGCAACAAAAGCCUUUUCAAAUGAUCAUUAAUUUUUUUUUUUUUAAAGAACAAGCCAGUAUUUGUUUAGCGCUCUCUAGGGAACAGGCAGAUGGAUGCUCAUCUCUGAGGAGGGCUGGGGACUUGGUUUUCCCUCACCUGUGAAUACGUAAAAGAAAACCAUUCUCUCUGAGGGACUUGAGCCAUCGGUGGCAGAACAGAUUUCUGUGCUCAACCAAUAGAGCUGGGGCUACAGGAGCAUAUUGGGAAAGGAAGUUUGCGCCAGCUACUGUUAUAAUGUACAGUUAUAUUUGUCUAUAAAUGGAGCUGUUUAUGGGAAUUUAAUACCAUUCUCUUUGUAAAGUGAAUAAAUUUCAUCUUUAUCCA